GACGGGAAGCCUUGUUUGUAUUUAGUUUGAUUACAGAUUCCUCAGUACAGACACCUGAGGAAAUAUAGCCCGGGACACUGGGUUUCAGAUCACACCUGAAGUUAUGAGAAUCUGGUGGAUACUACUGGUGGCUGGAGUCAGCACAGAAGACCUAGUCUCACAGGAUAGCUGCAGACAGGGGCAUCCUGGCGUCCCUGGGAGUCCUGGGCAUAAUGGCUUACCUGGAAGGGAUGGACGAGAUGGAGCAAAGGGUGACAAAGGGGAUACAGGUGAAAUAGGAUUACCUGGGAACCCAGGAAGAGAUGGCAUAAAUGGAGAAAAAGGAGAACAAGGAGCAGAUGGAAAAGUUGAAGCAAAAGGAAACAAAGGUGAACAAGGGCAGAGAGGAUGGCCUGGGAAAUAUGGACCAAAAGGAUUUAUUGGUCCCAUGGGGGACAAAGGUCAAAAAGGAGAGAUCGGGCUACAAGGACGAAAGGGAGCUAAGGGUGAUGUGGGUCCAAUUGGGCCAAAAGGGAUAAAAGGUGAAGUUGGACCACCUGGAGAUAUUGGUUUGCCUGGCCCUGUUGGUCCUAUUGGAAUGCCAGGCCCUGUAGGAGAUGUUGGUCCCAUGGGACCAAAGGGUGAGCCAGGAACCCAAGGAAUAAGGGGCUGGAAAGGGGAUCGAGGAGAAAAGGGGAAAACUGGUGAUCCCCCAAGCUCACCCAAAAGUGCUUUUACUGUGGGUCUUACUGUGUUUACCAAAUUUCCCUCUUCAAAUUUGCCCAUUAAGUUUGAUAAAAUCAUUUAUAACAAACAGAAUCAUUAUAAUUCAACUAAUGGAAAAUUCACUUGCCAUUUUGAUGGAGUAUAUUACUUCACUUAUCAUAUCACUGUUUUCUCCAGAAAUAUAAAUGUAUCUUUAGUUAAAAAUGGGGUCAAAGUGCUACAUACUAAAGAUGGCUAUCAUGGUAAUGAGGACCAGGCCUCUGGGGGCAUAAUCCUUGAGUUAAAGCUUGGAGAUGAGGUGUGGGUGCAAGUGACUGGAGGAGAAAAGUUUAAUGGCUUGUUUGCUGAUGCGGAUGAUGAUACAACAUUCACAGGCUUCCUUCUAUUUAGAGAUUAGUCAACUAGAACAGCCCACAUUGCCUACCAUUUUUAUAUGAUGAUAUAUAGUUUGGGGUUGACAUUUACUGAUUUAAUAUUACUAUCUACAUGACAUUAAUUUUUUUCAAUUAAGUUUUAUUGGUGUCUUGUAUUUUCACAUGUCUUCCCAACUUUCUCUUUCACACUGAGCUUCCCUUCUAAUGUUUAAAAAGCAGUCAACCAACAAUAAAUGCAGCGACCAUGUGUGUGAGAGAGUAUAUGCAACAUUCUGCAUUUUUUUCCUCCUCUACUUCUACUGAGAGGAGGGAAGUGUAUAUGUUUCAACAUCUGUUCUCUUGGACCAAGAUUGCUUAUUCAAUUACACAAAGUUUGGCUGUCAUUAACUGUUGCUUUUGUUUAUAUUACUGCAUUAAACAUGUAUGAUGUUCUCCUAGUUCUGCUUACUUCAUUCUAUCUCUAUUCAUAUACAUCUUCCUAAGCUUCUCUGAAUGUCUAAUAUUCAUUGAAUCUUAUAGCACAAUAGUAUUCCAUUACAUUCAUAUGCCACAAUUUUUUCAGAGCCAUUACUUGAUCUAUAGGUACCUUCUUUAUUUCCAGCUUUUUUGCUACAUGGUAAUGAUGCUUGUAACUGGCACCAAUAUGUAUGGAGAGGCAAAACCAGGAGGCUAAUUCUUAGCAAUGAUCAUAACUGUCAAUUACUUUUUUCCCCAAGAGUAAAUUUAGAAUCUUCCACAAUUGCUGUCUAUUGUAAUUUAUUUUAGGCAUCUCCUCAUUGACAUUUUCUGAACUUCCACAAACCAAUGUUGCCUAUGACAUAACUUUCACCUUCCUUCUUUUAAAUAUAAGAAUGGAGACAAUAACAUGAGAUAUGAAUGAAUAUAUACAUGCAUAUAUGUGUGUAUAUAUGCACACAUAUACACACAUGAUCAAAGAAAGUGUUUGGACUACUUACUCUGUU